GGAGGAAGAUGCACCGAGCGGGCUGCGAGGCCGUGGGGCGUGCGGGAGGCGGAGGGGUGGGGACCGGGGUGGGCUGCGCCCUCCCGCUCUGGCCCAUUCCACACCCCGCCGAAAGCGGACACUGUCAGCUGAAUCACUCCCCUUUUAGGAGGAGGGAGGGGAAAAAGGUGUCUAGCUCCUUUCUGCUUAAAAAAGCACAGGGAGAUCGCGGGCAGCUUUGCAGUCGCUGCCUUCUCGCGCCUGACCAUGCACCCCUGCAUCUUCCUGCUGGGCCACAGGCGAGCGCUUUAUUUCUGGAGCUGAGGGCUAAAACUUUUUUGACUUUUCUUCUCCCCAACAUCUGAAUCAUGCCAUGUGCCCAGAGGAGCUGGCUUGCAAACCUUUCCGUGGUGGCUCAGCUCCUUAACUUUGGGGCGCUUUGCUAUGGGAGACAGCCUCAGCCAGGCCCGGUUCGCUUCCUGGACAGGAGGCAAGAGCAUUUUAUCAAGGGCCUGCCAGAAUACCACGUGGUGGGUCCAGUCCGAGUAGAUGCCAGUGGGCAUUUUUUGUCAUAUGGCUUGCACUAUCCCAUCACGAGCAGCAGGAGGAAGAGAGAUUUGGAUGGCUCAGAGGACUGGGUGUACUACAGAAUUUCUCACGAGGAGAAGGACCUGUUUUUUAACUUGACGGUCAAUCAAGGAUUUCUUUCCAAUAGCUACAUCAUGGAGAAGAGAUAUGGGAACCUCUCCCAUGUUAAGAUGAUGGCUUCCUCUGCCCCCCUCUGCCAUCUCAGUGGCACGGUUCUACAGCAGGGCACCAGAGUUGGGACGGCAGCCCUCAGUGCCUGCCAUGGACUGACUGGAUUUUUCCAACUACCACAUGGAGACUUUUUCAUUGAACCCGUGAAGAAGCAUCCACUGGUUGAGGGAGGGUACCACCCGCACAUCGUUUACAGGAGGCAGAAAGUUCCAGAAACCAAGGAGCCAACCUGUGGAUUAAAGGACAGCGUUAACAUCUCCCGGAAGCAAGAGCUAUGGCGGGAGAAGUGGGAGAGGCACAACUUGCCAAGCAGAAGCCUCUCUCGGCGUUCCAUCAGCAAGGAGAGAUGGGUGGAGACACUGGUGGUGGCCGACACAAAGAUGAUUGAAUACCAUGGGAGUGAGAAUGUGGAGUCCUACAUCCUCACCAUCAUGAACAUGGUCACUGGGUUGUUCCAUAACCCAAGCAUUGGCAAUGCAAUUCACAUUGUUGUGGUUCGGCUCAUUCUACUCGAAGAAGAAGAGCAAGGACUGAAAAUAGUUCACCAUGCAGAGAAGACACUGUCUAGCUUCUGCAAGUGGCAGAAGAGUAUCAAUCCCAAGAGUGACCUCAAUCCUGUUCAUCACGACGUGGCUGUCCUUCUCACCAGAAAGGACAUCUGUGCUGGUUUCAAUCGCCCCUGCGAGACCCUGGGCCUGUCUCACCUUUCAGGAAUGUGUCAGCCUCACCGCAGUUGUAACAUCAAUGAAGAUUCGGGACUCCCUCUGGCUUUCACAAUUGCCCAUGAGCUAGGACACAGCUUCGGCAUCCAGCAUGAUGGGAAAGAAAAUGACUGUGAGCCUGUGGGCAGACAUCCGUACAUCAUGUCCCGCCAGCUCCAGUACGAUCCCACUCCGCUGACAUGGUCCAAGUGCAGUGAGGAGUACAUCACCCGCUUCUUGGACCGAGGCUGGGGGUUCUGUCUUGAUGACAUACCUAAAAAGAAAGGCUUGAAGUCCAAGGUCAUUGCCCCCGGAGUGAUCUAUGAUGUUCACCACCAGUGCCAGCUACAAUAUGGACCCAAUGCUACCUUCUGCCAGGAAGUAGAAAACGUCUGCCAGACACUGUGGUGCUCCGUGAAGGGCUUUUGUCGCUCUAAGCUGGACGCUGCUGCAGAUGGAACUCAAUGUGGUGAGAAGAAGUGGUGUAUGGCAGGCAAGUGCAUCACAGUGGGGAAGAAACCAGAGAGCAUUCCUGGAGGCUGGGGCCGCUGGUCACCCUGGUCCCACUGUUCCAGGACCUGUGGGGCUGGAGUCCAGAGUGCAGAGAGGCUCUGCAACAACCCCGAGCCAAAGUUUGGAGGGAAAUAUUGCACUGGAGAAAGAAAACGCUAUCGCUUGUGCAACGUCCACCCCUGUCGCUCAGAGACACCAACAUUUCGGCAGAUGCAGUGCAGUGAAUUUGACACUGUUCCCUACAAGAAUGAACUCUACCACUGGUUUCCCAUUUUUAACCCAGCACAUCCUUGUGAGCUCUACUGCCGACCCAUAGAUGGCCAGUUUUCUGAGAAAAUGCUGGAUGCUGUCACUGAUGGUACCCCUUGCUUUGAAGGUGGCAACAGCAGAAAUGUCUGUAUUAAUGGCAUAUGUAAGAUGGUUGGCUGUGACUAUGAGAUCGAUUCCAGUGCCACCGAGGAUCGCUGCGGUGUGUGCCUGGGAGAUGGCUCUUCCUGCCAGACUGUGAGAAAGAUGUUUAAGCAGAAGGAAGGAUCUGGUUAUGUUGACAUUGGGCUCAUUCCAAAAGGAGCAAGGGACAUAAGAGUGAUGGAAAUUGAGGGAGCCGGAAACUUCCUGGCCAUCAGGAGUGAAGAUCCUGAAAAAUAUUACCUGAAUGGAGGGUUUAUUAUCCAGUGGAACGGGAACUAUAAGCUGGCAGGGACUGUCUUUCAGUAUGACAGGAAAGGAGACCUGGAAAAGCUGAUGGCCACAGGUCCCACCAAUGAGUCUGUGUGGAUCCAGCUUCUAUUCCAGGUGACUAACCCUGGCAUCAAGUAUGAGUACACAAUCCAGAAAGAUGGCCUUGACAAUGAUGUUGAGCAGCAGAUGUACUUCUGGCAGUAUGGCCACUGGACAGAGUGCAGUGUGACCUGCGGGACAGGUAUCCGCCGCCAAACUGCCCAUUGCAUAAAGAAGGGCCGCGGGAUGGUGAAAGCUACAUUCUGUGACCCAGAAACACAGCCCAAUGGGAGACAGAAGAAGUGCCAUGAAAAGGCUUGUCCACCCAGGUGGUGGGCAGGGGAGUGGGAAGCAUGCUCGGCGACAUGCGGGCCCUACGGGGAGAAGAAGCGAACCGUGCUGUGCAUCCAGACCAUGGGCUCUGACGAGCAGGCUCUCCCGCCCACAGACUGCCAGCACCUGCUGAAGCCCAAGACUCUCCUUUCCUGCAACAGAGACAUCCUGUGCCCCUCGGACUGGACAGUGGGCAACUGGAGUGAGUGUUCUGUUUCCUGUGGUGGUGGAGUGCGGAUUCGCAGUGUCACAUGUGCCAAGAACCAUGAUGAACCUUGCGAUGUGACAAGGAAACCCAACAGCCGAGCUCUGUGUGGCCUCCAGCAAUGCCCUUCUAGCCGGAGAGUUCUGAAACCCAACAAAGGCACUAUUUCCAAUGGAAAAAACCCACCAACACUAAAGCCCGUCCCUCCACCUACAUCCAGGCCCAGAAUGCUGACCACACCCACAGGGCCUGAGUCUAUGAGCACAAGCACUCCAGCAAUCAGCAGCCCUAGUCCUACCACAGCCUCCAAAGAAGGAGACCUGGGUGGGAAACAGUGGCAAGAUAGCUCAACCCAACCUGAGCUGAGCUCUCGCUAUCUCAUUUCCACUGGAAGCACUUCCCAGCCCAUCCUCACUUCCCAAUCCUUGAGCAUUCAGCCAAGUGAGGAAAAUGUUUCCAGUUCAGAUACUGGUCCUACCUCGGAGGGAGGCCUUGUAGCUACAACAACAAGUGGUUCUGGCUUGUCAUCUUCCCACAACCCUAUCACUUGGCCUGUGACUCCAUUUUACAAUACCUUGACCAAAGGUCCAGAAACGGAGAUUCACAGUGGCUCAGGGGAAGAAAGAGAACAGCCUGAGGACAAAGAUGAAAGCAAUCCUGUAAUAUGGACCAAGAUCAGAGUACCUGGAAAUGACGCUCCAGUGGAAAGUACAGAAAUGCCACUUGCACCUCCACUAACACCAGAUCUCAGCAGGGAGUCCUGGUGGCCACCCUUCAGCACAGUAAUGGAAGGACUGCUCCCCAGCCAAAGGCCCACUACUUCCGAAACUGGGACACCCAGAGUUGAGGGGAUGGUUACUGAAAAGCCAGCCAACACUCUACUCCCUCUGGGAGGAGACCACCAGCCAGAACCCUCAGGAAAGACGGCAAACCAUAACCACCUGAAACUUCCAAACAACAUGAACCAAACAAAAAGUUCUGAACCAGUCCUGACUGAGGAGGAUGCAACAAGUCUGAUUGCUGAGGGCUUUUUGCUAAAUGCCUCCAAUUACAAGCAGCUGACAAACGGCCACGGCUCUGCACACUGGAUCGUCGGAAACUGGAGCGAGUGCUCCACCACAUGUGGCCUGGGGGCCUACUGGAGAAGGGUGGAGUGCAGCACCCAGAUGGAUUCUGACUGCGCGGCCAUCCAGAGACCUGACCCUGCAAAAAGAUGCCACCUCCGUCCCUGUGCUGGCUGGAAAGUGGGAAACUGGAGCAAGUGCUCCAGAAACUGCAGUGGGGGCUUCAAGAUACGCGAGAUUCAGUGCGUGGACAGCCGGGACCACCGGAACCUGAGGCCAUUUCACUGCCAGUUCCUGGCCGGCAUUCCUCCCCCAUUGAGCAUGAGCUGUAACCCGGAGCCCUGUGAGGCGUGGCAGGUGGAGCCUUGGAGCCAGUGCUCCAGGUCCUGUGGAGGCGGAGUUCAGGAGAGAGGAGUGUUCUGUCCAGGAGGCCUCUGUGACUGGACAAAAAGACCCACAUCCACCAUGUCUUGCAAUGAGCACCUGUGCUGUCACUGGGCCACUGGGAACUGGGACCUGUGUUCCACUUCCUGUGGAGGUGGCUUUCAGAAGAGGACUGUCCAGUGUGUGCCCUCAGAGGGCAAUAAAACUGAAGACCAAGACCAAUGCCUAUGUGAUCACAAACCCAGACCUCCAGAAUUCAAAAAAUGCAACCAGCAGGCCUGCAAGAAAAGUGCCGAUUUACUUUGCACUAAGGACAAACUGUCAGCCAGUUUCUGCCAGACACUGAAAGCCAUGAAGAAAUGUUCUGUGCCCACCGUGAGGGCUGAGUGCUGCUUCUCGUGUCCCCAGACACACAUCACACACACCCAAAGGCAAAGAAGGCGACGGUUGCUCCAAAAGCCAAAAGAACUCUAAGCCCAAAAGGAAGCCAGCUUCCACCAGACUGCAGCAGCCUGCUGACCGUGACAUGCUUUAGCCCUGGGAGCUGCUUCGUUGAGGUUUUGCUUCAUAUAUUUCAGAUUCAGCUUUGGGUCAUGAUGAAACAAAAUCCAUUGUGUUCCUCUAGCCACCGAAUGUCCCUCACAGGAGGCCUAGGCUGCCGUACUUGCUGCUCCCUGAUAGGAAGGUGAAAUAGCUAGGAGAAUCAGGCAGCACCUGGUAUCGGCUCCUGGGAAAGGUGCCAGGUUAGACAGAUUUGUGAAAUACUGUAUUUUUGUUCUCCCUUAAAGAUAAAAACAAAGAGACCAGCUAUUUCCCUGACUACCUCAAGAGUAUCAGGCAACACUUACCCAGGGGACAAAUAAUCUUCUUAAUUUAUCUUGAUGAAUACCUUUCUUUUUUUUUUCUUGCCUCCCUGCCUGGGGCAGCUGCUAUUUAAAAUGUCACAGCGGAGCUUUAGGAACAUUCCUUUAAUUCAUCCAGGCAGAGGACUGCUUUCUUCACCCCAUGUUCAACUAGGGCAGGAAGAGAAAGUGCUGGUUACAUCCCUCAGUCUCUUCCUCCAUCCCUGUAGGGCUCCAUAUCUGGGCUGCUUAGAGUCUCCUGCCAACCUUGGGACACUAGACUAAGAGGAAACAGGCAUAAGAAACACAGCCUAAGGGGUUUAGGUCACUUACACAGAAAACACUUCUGGUUUGAAGAGCAUUUCUAUGAAAACUCAUAAAAAGCAAAUGAGCAGAAAUCAAUUUCUUACUAUUACAGAAAAGGAACUGUGGGCCUUUAUUCUUCCCACUUUCCUGGCAAAUACACACUCCUUCGCAGAAGGGAAAAUGAGUCUUCUGGCUGACUUCCUCCCAUCCUCCAGUCCCUACAGGAGGCCUGAGCUCAGGUCCCACCAUCGUCUUGCUGCAGGGGCUGUAUAUGCAAAGACCACUAUGACCAGCUCUAGGGCUGCCACCUGUCCUCACCUCUCCUCAGGUUGGAAAAUGGAGGUUCCAUAUUAAAAUAUUUCAAAGAACCAGGUAAAUUGUACUAAGUAGAAGAACAUAGUGCAAACUUCUAAUCUAGAGAAAAAACAUUUCUAAAAAGUAAGGUAAAGGGGAUCUAUUCCUCAGUGUACCCAAUAUGUAGUUAGUCUUAAAGAUCUUUUACUUUUGGGAGAACAGGUGAAUCAGGGAGUCCAAAGAAACUGAAAUGAAAGUUAGAAUGCUUGUUCUGGAUGUUCCUACCUCCCACCAGAAGUCAAAGUAGGCUUGGUCUCAAAUUCAGAGCAAAUUUCUAGACAAAGUGAUUUCUAAGGGAAGGUACUUACAUGAACUGAACCCAGAGAAAGAGGGUAAGUGGGUGGGUGGAAGGGCAUAAGCUUCAAAUGAAAGAAGAUAUCAGAACCAAUUCUUGACAGGGAGAAAGGCAAGGAUGUGGCCUUCAUGUGAUGGGCAGCAUAUUUUCUGACUCAUGCACAGAUACACUUAAUACUCCUCAUGGAACACAAUAUCCCACGUCUCCCUUUACCUAUCCGUUCAGCAGAAUGGUGCUAUUAAAAAGACGGUGCUAAUAUCUAGAUGGUGGCAGAAUUAAUGUAAACAUAGCUAGGCAUACAAAUGGGUAAGUGUAUGUGAAACUCUCCAUAUACAUCUUCUGUUAAACAUGUAACGGUGUUGCUGACCAAUGCCAGUUUUAUUGCUUGGGUACCUUGAAUUUAAGAUUUAAUAUUAUGUGCUUUUUAUUUUUUUCCAAGCCAUUAACGUGUAUUACUCUCAUGAAUUCCUGUGAAAAAUAAAACAGUGGGAUUGGGAUGAAAUUCAAGAUAGACCAGAAACAGGAGGAAAGUACAAAAGUUUACCUAAAGCCAGAGAAUUUAUUUCUAGAUGAUAAUUACAUUAUUGUAUUCUCUGCCUUUAAACAUAAACAUUGCUGGCCGAUAGCAAUCUCUGGUGAAUAAUGAUUUUCGAGGAGAGGAGACACUUAAAUUGUUAGUGACAUGAGUGGAGGAGAAUCUGAUAUUUACUAAUGAGGCAGUUUGCAAAGACUGUCCCUGAAGUGUAGUGUAGGCUUUCAGGGGGAUUCAUUUAGUAAGCUAGAUUGAUUUAACCUGGUACUGUACUAGCAUAGGCUCAAAUACCUGUCAUCAGAGACCUGGGUAUGACCAGGCUUACAAAACUCAGGAACAAACUCAGAUUCCUACUGACCUCAACCAACUAAACUAGGCCAAAUUUCUCCGUGUACAAAAUGGACCACGUUAUUUACAAUCCACGUGGUGGAGAAGAUGGUAGACAUGUGGAGAGAGUUUGGCCAGGUGCUCCAUUCUAGGUCUUUUUCCAGUUUCUCAAAGGCAGAACAUUGGCUCCUAAUUAUUUGCCAUGGAUAUUUGCUUCCUGUUCUGGAGCUAUGUUGUAAGACAGCUGUGUGAUGUCCAUCAUUCUUGACUCCAGAAUGAAGACAGGGCUUGCUGUUUUCUGUCCUGUUGGUAUCAUCUGUUGCCUUGGCGAUCACUCCGUGAUGAGUCGUCAGUAUUUUGACAUGUCCCAGUGCUUGCUGUACAAGAGGGGACUCAGAUCAACAGGAAGACUCUGAAGACAGGAACCUGCAUGGUAUCUUACAUCUCUGAUACUUGGGUGCUGAUAUGAAGCAGAGUUGUUGGUUUACUUUAUCUAGGCCCUUCUUUCUUCUCACCUGGAUCAAGCAACUGAGAAGUGUAUCAGGAGACACUGGAUACAUCUCUCUAUGAAAUAGAGAGGGCCAUCGCAGGGCCUGGUACUUAACUACAUUAACGUUCUAAAACCCAGUUUGGUUUACAUUGUCUUUCACAGUAGUAUAUUUAGCUCUUCUCUGGAAAGUUGUGGGUUAAUAUAAUUCUUAAACAUGAAAAUGUAAUUAAACACACCACGAGAGAACAAUAUUCCAGGAGACUUAAUAGUGAUUACUUUCUUCAAUCAGGAAAUCGUUUCAGUGCCUCCUUUGUAGGAAUGCUUUGUUUUGUGAUGGGUUUUCUUAAAGAAGAGCACACCUCCGUCCAAUCUCCUGAGACAGCCACGUCUCCGCUGACAUCCCACUGUGAUGCUUUCAGAUAGUCAGUGAAUGUUUCUGAUAACCUUCAUCCAGUAUCUGAAACACAAUGUGAGGGAUUAUAUUGUUUUAGAUAAUAACAUCCCAUUUAGUUGACUAAAAUCUUCCAAACUCUGAAAGCUGCACACUGCUACUCCAGAGAGUGCAGGUCUUAGCUCUUCUCCUUUCUGACUUCAAGAUGAAUCUCUGGGACGAUGUUUCUGGUGCUCGGUCCACAGUGAUUCACUUUUGAAGGAGAGGCCACAUGACAUGAACUGCCUGGUGUUACAACCUAGCUAACAUAUUUGAUGCUACUCCUGUCGUCUGUACUGCUUAUUCAAGUAGUAUUCUAAGUUAUGUUACUAAAAAACAUGGUGGGUAAAGCACAAUCCUACCCAUCAUUGUCCUCCAAAAUAAUUGUAUGACAUACACGGCCCAGCCCAUUGCCCUCCCUGCAUCUCUGUGCUGCUUUGCCAUUUCCCCUUCUACCCAGCCUCCUCAAGGGGUACCUUGGUGGAUAUUUCAGUACUUAAAACCAGACUGUAAUCAUAACCUCCCUCUGUGUGGCAUCAAUAAAUAGCCAAACUCAU